AUGAAACUGUGGCUAUUUUUAAAGCUAAUUGUUGUAUUGCUUAUUUUAAGAAAAAACACGGUCAGCAUGUUUAGCUUCUUCUAUAAAAAAAUAACAGUUUCAAAAAGUGAAUUGCUACCGUCUAUCUAUGAUUACCAUGUGAAAAAGUUAGAUAACACAACAAUCCCGAUGUCUAAUUACAAAAAUAAGGUUUUACUUAUUGUGAAUUCAGCAUCGAAAUGUGGAUUAACGAAGAACCAUAUUAAACAAUUUAACGAAUUGCAUGAUCGUAUGAACGCUCGAGGGUUGGAGAUCUUGGCAUUCCCGACUAGCCAAUUUCUAAAUCAAGAAUUUAGUAACACAUGCGACAUUUCUACAUUUAACGAAAAGAAUCAAAUUAAAUAUACUGUAUUUGCUCCUAUUGAAGUUAAUGGAGAAAACACACAUGAGUUAUUCAAGUUCUUGAAAGCCAAUUGUGAUAAUAUGCAUGAUAAACAUGGAACUCUAGAAAACAUCGGAUGGAAUUUUGGAAAAUUUUUAGUUGAUAAAAAAGGAAAUGUAAUCAGUUAUUAUUCUCCCAGAACAAAUCCCUUGGACAUUGAGAAAUACAUUAACGAAUUGUUAUAA